UGUGUCACCAAUAUUUAAAAAAAAAUGGAGGAGAAUCUCACAAAAUCAAAUACAGAUUAGCCGACGUGGUAAACAACGUGCGGUGCAUGUCCUUAUAUACUCAAUCUAUGACAUGUGGGAUGGGAUUAGUAUUACAUCUCUCUCUCUCUCUCUCUCGCCUUCACUUCUGUUUUUCUCAUCUCAACGCAAUCACCCCAAUCAUGGUGGCUUCUGCAACAUCCAAGCUCCUUGUAUCCGACAUCGCUUCCUCCGUUGAUCACGUCCCUUCAAACUACGUUCGUCCAUUCUCUGACCGUCCAAAUCUGUCCGAGGUUGAAACAUCCGGCGCCGUUUCCAUUCCUCUAAUCGAUCUCCAGGAGCUCCAUGGACCGAAUCGUGCCGACAUUAUCAAUCAGCUUGCCCACGCAUGCUCCACUUAUGGAUUCUUUCAGAUCAAGAACCAUGGAGUACCAGAAAAAACGAUCGAAAGAAUAAUGACUGUGGCGAGAGAGUUUUUCCGGCAGCCAGAGAGCGAGAGAGUGAAGCAUUACUCAGAGGAUCCAAAGAAGACAACGAGACUCUCCACAAGCUUCAACGUCGGCUUAGAGAAAGUCUCUAACUGGAGAGACUUCCUUCGACUCCAUUGCUUCCCUGUCGAAGAUUUCAUCAACGAAUGGCCCUCAAGUCCCGUCUCCUUCAGAGAAGCCACAGCCGAAUACGCCACAAGCGUUAGAACCUUGGUCUUGAUACUUCUUGAAGCAAUCUCAGAGAGCUUAGGCCUUGUGAAAGAUCGUAUAAGCAAUACAUUAGGCAAACACGGUCAACACAUGGCCUUAAACUACUAUCCACCGUGUCCCCAACCCGAUCUAACUUACGGACUUCCCGGACAUAAAGAUCCAAACUUGAUCACUGUUCUUCUUCAAGACGAAGUUUCUGGUUUACAGGUCUUUAAAGAUGGUAAAUGGGUCGCUGUUCAUCCUGUUCCCAACACUUUUAUAGUAAAUAUCGGCGAUCAAAUGCAGGUUAUAAGCAAUGACAAAUACAAGAGUGUGUUACACAGAGCGGUUGUGAACAGCGACAAGGAGCGGAUCUCGAUUCCGACAUUCUAUUGUCCUUCUUCAGAUGCUGUGAUUAGUCCACCGCAAGAGCUGAUCAACGAGGAAGAAGAUUCUCCUGCCGUUUACAGAAGCUUUACAUAUGCUGAGUAUUUUGACAAGUUUUGGGGCAGAGCACUUGCAACUGAGAGCUGUCUUGACUUGUUCAAAGUUACUUCCACCUCCUAAGAUUCGGUACUUCAGAAUGAAUCAGUCAGGACUAGGUUUCUUUUUGUUAUUGAGGAAUCUUAAUACCCCUUUGUGUUAGCCAUUUCAAGAUCAGUAGUUUUCUUUAGAUUAUUAUGAUUGUUAACAAAUCUGCUUAACAAGAAUAAAAUAAAGUGUUCUUGCAACACAUUAUUGUGUUGUAGAAAUCAUAUAUGGGUUAGAAUGGUGUAGAUAAUGAUUCAGUUUUGCAGAAUAAAGAUGAGAUUCAGGAAAGUACGAUAAGAUAAUCAUUUCCAUAGAGGCUUAAUCCUAAUCCUAUUAACAUCGUUCACAUUCAACUUAACUAAGUUAAUUAAGUGGUGGUCUAGUGGUUUUCCUCCCUAUUUGAGGAUGAGUUAUCCUAUUGGUAUAAACUAGAAAUCAAUUCUAAUCAAGUGAUGGUGG